AAAAAUGCCAGAAACUUUAGUGCUUCCUUCAGCAAGUGAUUUUCAUAUUCAUCUUCGACAAGAUGAUUUAAUGAACAUGGUGGUUCCUCGAAUCGCAGAAGGAGGGGUUUCGUUAUGUUAUGUCAUGCCAAAUCUUAAACCACCUAUUACUUCUACAAAACAAGCCCUUGAUUAUAAAGCUCAAUUAGAAAAAUUAGAACCGAAUGUAACCUUUCUUAUGAGUUUAUAUCUUAGUCCUGAUUUGACACCUGAAGAAAUUAGAAAGGCUAAAGCAAAUGGCAUUAUUGGUGUCAAAUCAUAUCCAAGAGGAGUAACUACUAAUUCGGAUUCUGGUAUAGAAUCAUAUACUGUUUAUUAUCCGGUUUUUAAAGUAAUGGAAGAAGUGGGAAUGAUAUUGAACCUACAUGGUGAAUUACCAAGUGAUUUAGAAAAUGAUGUUUGUGUAAUGAAUGCCGAAGAAAAAUUUUUAAUACAUUUAAAAAAAUUACAUAAUGAUUUCCCGAAAUUAAAAAUCGUCUUGGAACAUGCUACAACUAAAGCUGCGAUUGAAACGGUAAAAUCACUUGGAGACACCGUUGGCUGUACCAUAACGAUUCAUCAUUUGCAACUUAUUGUUGAUGAUUGGGCUGGCCAAUGUCAUAAUUUUUGUAAACCUGUUGCAAAAUUUCCUCACGAUCGUAAAGCUUUACGCCAUCCUCGAUUUUUCUUGGGGACAGAUUCUGCUCCACACCCCGCACAUCUUAAAGAAUGUGCUCAAGCAUGUGCUGGUGUAUUUACUACUCCUUUAACUCUUCCGUACCUUGCUACAAUCUUUGAAUCAUUUAACGCGCUUCAUAUGCUUAAAUUAUUUGCUUGUGAGAAUGGCAAGAAAUUUUAUGAUGUAAAAGAAAAGGAGGAUAAAUGCCGUGAAAUUAAAUUGAUUAAAGAAACUUGGUCAGUUCCAAACUCGUACUCAUUUGACGAUAGACAAGAAGCAAAAAUUGGAAUCGUCAUUCCAUUUUGGGCUGGAAAAACUUUAACGUGGAAGAUUGACUCUAAUGAAUAA